AUGGCCGAAGAACAACAAGAAAACAUCCCAGUUGUCGAAUCUACCACUGUUGUUGAAGAAACAACCUCUACUCCAACUGAGACUACCACCACCACCACUACUACUGUUGAAACUACAACUGAAGAAGGUAAGGAAACUGUAACUGAAACUGAAACUUCUACCACUGAAGCUGAAGAUUCUGAAAAGAAAGACAGUGAAACUGCUACUGCCACUGCCGAAGGUGAUGAAAAGGAUGAAAACAUUGUUCCAGCUAACGCUGCUCAAGGUGGUAGAGAAACUUCCGACAAAGUUCUUUACGUUGGUAAUCUUGACAAAUCCAUCACUGAAGAUGUCUUGAAACAAUACUUCCAAGUUGCCGGUCAAAUUGCCGAUGUCAAGGUCAUGGUUGACAAGAAGAAUGCUCACGUCAAUUACGCUUUUGUCGAAUAUUUGACUCAUCAUGAUGCUAAUGUUGCUUUACAAACCUUGAACGGUAUUCAAUUAGAAAGUAAGAAAGUCAAGAUCAACUGGGCUUUCCAAUCUCAACAAAACACUUCUGACGAAAACAAUUUCAACUUGUUUAUCGGUGACCUAAGUGUUGAUGUCGAUGACGAAACUUUGAGAGCUUCUUUCAAGGAAUUCCCAUCCUUUGUUCAAGGUCAUGUUAUGUGGGAUAUGCAAACUGGUAGAUCUAGAGGUUACGGUUUUGCUUCCUUCUCUGAUCAAGAAGAAGCUCAAAAGGCUAUGGAUUCUCUACAAGGUAAAGAAAUCAAUGGUAGACCAAUAAGAAUAAACUGGGCCACCAAGCGUGAGAACAAUAACCAACAUACCCAUAACAACAACAACAACAACAACCGCCGAGGUGGUAAUGGUUUCCGUAAUAACAACAGAAGCCACAGUAACAACAAUAACAACGGUAUGAUGCACCCAAUGCAAAUUGAAGGUAAUAUGAUGCCACCAAUGCAACAACAACAACAACAACAACCUCCACAACAGCAACAACAACAGCAACAACAACAACAACAAAUGGUUCCACCACCUGUGAAUCCGCAAGCUAUCGAUGAUAUGAUCAGAAGAGCUCCACAAAGAGUCACAACUGCUUACAUUGGUAACAUCCCACAUUUUGCUACUGAAGCUGACUUGAUCCCAUUAUUACAAAACUUUGGUUUCAUUCUAGAUUUCAGUUAUUACCCUGAAAAGGGAUGUUGUUUCAUCAAAUACGAUACUCAUGAUCAAGCAGCUGUUUGUAUUGUUGCUUUAGCUAACUUCCAAUUCCAAGGUAGAAACCUAAGAACUGGUUGGGGUAAAGAAAGAAACACCUUUAUGCCUCAACCACCUCAAGGUCCUCCACAACCAGGUAUGAUGGCACCAGUUAUGAUGGGUAAUGCUCCAAUGAUCGAUCCUCAACAACAACAAAUUCCUUCUCAAGAACAACAAGAACCACAACAACAAUAA